UUUCAGUCGGGGAAAGUUUAUAUCCAGAGAUGUAACUCUUCAAACUCAUCCUCGUCGACUUCAGAGAAUAAGCAGCAAAAGGCAAAAUCUGUUGUAAACUUUCAGGAUCUCAACUUCCCUCCGGCAUCAAAUGAACCAUUGAAUCUUUUUGAUGAUGCUGGUUUAGACUUGAAGCUGGUUCCAUCAUCUACCUCAUCGCCUUCAUCAUCCAAUUAUCAAAGUGUGUGCACUCUAGACAAAGUAAAAUCCGCCCUUGAGAGGGCAGAGAAAGAAACGUUUAGGAAACGCUCAAUAUCAAUGUCGACAUCAUCAUCACCACCUUCAAAUUCUUCAUCCUCGGUUAAAGAUAGUGAUAUUGAUUAUGAAGAGAAGUCAUCGGGCUCGUUAGCUGCUGGCUGUCCCAGUUGUCUGCUUUAUGUGCUAAUAUCAAAGAGCAACCCAAAAUGCCCACGAUGCAACAGUAUUGUUCCAUCACCCGUGGCAGUCAAGAAACCUCAAAUUGAUCUUAACAUAUCUAUUUAAAAAUAAUGUUGGGAGAUCCAUCAGAUGGUUUUGAUUUUUUGUAAAGAUAGAUAGUAGUUUUGUAAGUGAAACAGUGAUGUAUAUGCAUUUUAAAUUGGAGUUUCUUCUUAGAUAAUAUGAAGUUAAAGCAUUUUCUUGGUUUUUCUCUCA